CGGGCAUUGACAGAAGAUCCAGAGAGAGAGAGAGAGAGAGAUCCCGCGGUGCGAAGACAAGCUUCAGAGCUCGACCCCGAUGGUUCUUUCUCCCUUGCCUCACUCGGUUCAGUGGAUCUAAGAUAAAUAUUUCAGCUCCCUUUGCCUAAGAUUUGGUUCUACUGUACUGGACUUGAUCUUUUUAGGUUUCUUUGGCUCGAGUUCGAUCAUCAAAAUGUGGCCUUUGUGCUCAUUUAUGAUUGAGAAGUGGUUCUGGGUCGGGCGCGUACGGUGACCUUUUAGUUUGGACCGAGGUUCUCGGAGAGCAUUUGGAUAAUUGUUCAUGUUCUCUAGAUUAUUCUCCCCCAAUACUUGGUUCUUUUUGUUUGAAUAGUUGUCCGGGUACAUUUAGUCGUCGGCCUGUUUCCUUGUUGAGGAAUGUCUACAUUUGGGAAUCAAAUCCCGGAACCUUUUUGUUUGACCGGCUGAUCUUUAUCCUUAGCUUCAUGUUCUUUGAGUUCGUCGAGGAAUUGCGGUUGUUACCAUAAAGAAGGAAUUCCAUUCGGCAUCUUUUCGGAGGUUCGUGCUGAAUGGCCAACAGAAACAUACAACAAUAUGGGCAUGUGUGCCGGAAACCCUUCCUUUUUAGUCUCUCCUUUGCAAUAAUCCUGGUCCUGCCCUACCUCUUCUUCUGGGAUUAUGCUGGAAAACCAGUAGUCAACCAUGUAUUGCCAAAAGAAAAGAUCUUUUCCGUGAUUGAGAACCGAGGUAUCCCUGCAAGGGACCAUGAUGCUGAACCUUCGUCGUUCAGGGAGCCGUCUUUCUUGGAUCAAUUUGGAGCAACAGAUGAAGAGCCCGAGCGAUGUCAUCCAAGCAAAGCGCUUUUGAAGGUUUUCAUGUAUGAUUUGCCUCCUGAGUUCCACUUUGGUCUUUUGGGUUGGGAUGGUGAUGGCAAGAGUGUGUGGCCUGAUAUACAGACCAAAAUCCCAAAGUAUCCUGGUGGAUUGAAUCUUCAACAUAGUCUUGAGUACUGGCUGACUUUGGAUCUCUUGUCUUCAAGAUUUCCCAACCGGAGUGGCCCAUGCAGUGCGGUGAGGGUUGAGGAUUCCCGAGAAGCUGAUGUUGUGUUUGUGCCUUUCUUUUCAUCGUUGAGCUACAAUCGGCAUUCAAAGGUCAAACCACCUCAAACAGUUAGUAUAAACAAGUUGUUGCAGCAGAAGCUGGUGCAGUUUUUAACAGCUCAACAGGAAUGGAAAAGAUCAGGGGGGAGAGACCAUAUCAUACUGGCACACCAUCCAAACAGCAUGUUAGAUGCUCGGUCGAAAUUGUGGCCUUGCAUGUUUGUUCUUGCAGAUUUUGGCCGGUAUGCUCCCCAUGUAGCUAAUGUGGAGAAAGAUGUAAUUGCUCCCUACAGGCAUCUGAUCAAGACAUUCGUUAAUGACUCAUCUGGCUUUGAUGAACGCCCUACAUUAUUGUACUUUCAAGGAGCUAUCUACAGGAAAGAUGGAGGAUCGAUCCGACAAGAGUUAUUUUAUCUUCUAAGGGAUGAAAAAGAUGUACAUUUUUCAUUUGGAAGUGUCGUUGCUAAUGGGAUAAACGAGGCCAGUCGAGGGAUGCAUUCUGCAAAAUUCUGUCUAAAUAUUGCUGGGGACACGCCAUCUUCCAACCGACUAUUUGAUGCCAUAGCUAGCCACUGUGUCCCAGUCAUCAUCAGUGACGAUAUCGAGCUCCCAUAUGAAGAUGUACUCGACUAUUCCAAGUUUUGCAUCUUUGUGCGCACAUCUGAUGCUAUCAGAGAGGGUUUUCUAAUAAAAUUAAUCAGAGGAGUAAGUCGAGAGGACUGGACCCGGAUGUGGCAAAGGUUGAAGGAGGUCGAAGGCUUCUUCGAAUUUCAGUACCCAUCUAAGAAAAAUGAUGCCGUUCAGAUGAUAUGGCAGGCAGUGGCAAGAAAAGUUCCAGCAAUUCGGCUCAAAGUACACAGAUCAAGGCGAUUCUCUCAGUUCAAUACACAAAGAUAGGAUGAGAAGCAUGUUGUUUAGGACAUGAUCACCGAGUAGAGUAAUAGUCUUCACAUUAUUUUUCAUCCCACUCAACAGAGAUGGCAACAUUAUAUUUUUCAGAUCUUGGAACUUUUGUGUAGUGAGAGGAUAAACUGUUGUAUUCUAAGAACAGAUGUCUGAGAACAGUAGGACAUUAACAGGUGGGAUCAUUAUAGUCGCUCACUUAUUAGGAGAGGAACACUGUUAAUAUCUCUCAAAUUUCAUCCUGUUAUGAUCUUGUUGUAACCGCUACAAUAUGGCCACAUUGGUCGGAAACCAAAUAAUGUGGAUUUUAUCA